UGGGCAAAGAUGUGCCAGCUUUGGACAAUGCCAGCCCUGCUGCUGCUGCUCUGCUGCCCAUGGGCCAGUGCCAGUGCUCUGCGGGGUGAGAUUGUGGGGGGCCACGAGGCACAGCCCCACUCGCACCCCUACAUGGCAUACCUGAAGAUCGUAGAACAUGGGUACUGUGGGGGCUUCCUGGUGGCCCCUGACUGGGUGAUGUCAGCUGCACACUGCCUGGGGAACACCACAGUCAUCCUGGGGGCUCAUGACAUCACAGAGCCAGAAAAAUCCCAGCAGGUCCGGGGAGUGCUCAAGUACUACGAGCACCCUGAGUACAACCCCAUCACCUAUGCAAAUGACAUCUUGCUGCUGCAGCUGACAUCAAAGGCCACUCUCAAUGAAUACGUGCAGCCCAUCCCUCUGCCCAGGACUGGCAGCGACCUCCCCACAGGCACCAAGUGCAUGAUUGCAGGCUGGGGUCUGAUCGACCAGGACAGGGACACCAGCAAGCUCUUUGAGACCCAGGUGUCAAUCUACAGCCGCAGGAAAUGCAGCCUCUUCUACCCACAGCUGAAUUCUGGCAUGAUCUGUGCAGGCAGCUUCCACCAGCUGAGGGAUUCCAGCCAGGGAGAUUCUGGCGGGCCCCUGGUGUGCAAUAACGUGGCACAAGGAGUUGUUUCCUUUGGCUAUGAUUCCCCACCCGGGGUCUACGCCCGCAUCUCCAACUACCUGCCCUGGAUCAGAAGAGUCAUGAAUAAAUAGUGGCAGUGGCAGUGGGAGCAUUUCUCCAGCUCUGCUGUGCCCUGGACACUGCAAAUCUUCCUUCCUGCCCCUGUUGAAGGGUCAAAUCCCUGCUGUGUCCUCAGGAACACAAAUGACUUGCUCAGGGCACCUUCACUGUGUUGUGGGGCUGCUGUCUGUCCUUGCCUGCUGUCUGUCCCCCUGGCAGGGGCAGAGAUGGCCCCAGAUGGCACAAAAAGAGGCUGUGCCACAAGAAACCCCACUUCCUUCAGAGAUAACCCUGUUCCUGCUUGA